GAGAUCGCUGCGGCGCUGCUGCAUGCGGAUGUCAACGUCCGCUAUGUCUCAGAGCUGAGGAGUAAUGUCAAGAAGCGCGUGCUGCUGGAAAGCGAUGCCAGCGGCGUUAACAAGCGGAAGCUCAUCCAGAAGGCUGUGGUAGAAGAGCUUGUCCGCCUUGUGUCCACCGACAAGAAGCCAUACAAGCUAGAGAAAGGCAAAGUCAACAUCAUCAUGUUCGUGGGAUUGCAAGGCAGCGGGAAGACCACCACUUGCACCAAGUAUGCCCACUACUACAACCGCAAAGGAUGGAAGACAGCCUUGGUCUGCGCCGACACCUUCCGUGCCGGUGCCUUCGACCAGCUGAAGCAGAACGCCUCGAAGGUCAGAAUACCUUUCUAUGGUGACUACAACGAGACAGACCCGGUCAGAAUCGCCGAAGAAGGCGUGGAGCUUUUCAAGAAAGAGAAGUACGACCUCAUCAUAGUUGAUACCUCCGGUCGCCACAAGCAGGAGCAAGCAUUGUUCGAUGAGAUGAAGCAGGUGGCGGAGGUAGUCCAGCCCAAUGACACCAUCUUCAUCAUGGACUCUCACAUCGGUCAGGCCUGCUACGACCAGGCCAGGGCCUUCCGGGAGGUCGUGGACAUUGGCAGCGUCAUCAUCACGAAGCUCGAUGGCCACGCCAAGGGUGGUGGCGCGCUGUCCGCCGUCUCCGCCACGCCAGAGCCCAAGAGAUCCGAGGCAUUGAAGCUCUUGGCAUCAGAAGCCCUGAGCCCGAGAGCAAUGGGCCCAGCAUGUAAGAGAAUGUUAACAGACUAG